CAAUAACCUCACUUUUACUUUAAUGGCGGGUGCGCUUGCGUGAUGCCGGCUGCAUGUUAUUAUUGCUGCUUUUAGUUUGGUUUGGCGUCCGUUUAAAUUGUAGCGUCGAUUGUAUUCGCCGUUUUGAACUCAUCUCCACAUAAUUUAAAUAAUUGACAAUGGUGGCUCAGAAGAGAGGUCGCGGCGCGAAGGCCCAGGCGGCUAAGAAGCAGGCUGCGCAGGCGGUGGAGGAGGUGCCGGAGGAGGUGGCGGAGGCCGUGGAGCCCGAGGAGAACAAUGGGGACUCGGAGCAGGUCGAACAAGGCGAUGAAGGAGGGGCCGGUGACGCCCCCGGCGAAGAGGCCUCGCAGGCGGAGGUCGAGGCCGCUGAGGCCGGCGGCGAGGCACCCGCAGAGGAGCCCAAGGAGGAGAAGGUGGAGUCCGGCAAACUGCUGGUCGAGAACCUGCCUGCGAGCUACCUAUUUGACUACCAGGAUAAACUGAAGGAGCUGUUCUCCAAGUAUGGGGAGAUUAAUGCAAUCAAACGUGGUCCGAUCAUUGUUACUGAACAGACCAUUACGCCGACACUUUCGGCUAUAGUCGAAUUUAAAAACAAAGACAGCCUGGAUAAGGCCCUCUCCGAGCAAGGGCUCGUCAUCGACGGUUCCCGUAUCUCAGUGGCCGUCGAGUCGCGCGCUGAGACUGCCGUGCUCGUCGGCGUGCCGUACGAGGCGGGCACGGAGUACGUGCGUAGACUGUUCAACCAGUGCGGCGAGGUGGCGCACAUACAUGAGUUUAGCAAGACCAAGUACAAGAUCCUCCGGGUGACGUUCCACAAUAAGGAGUCCGUCGAAAAGGCCCUGAAGCUGGACCGCGAGCUGCGCGUCAACGGGUUCCUGGUGACCGUCUCAAAGUAUCGCGACGAGGACGAGCAGAAGGCGCACUCCGCCAACGCUAACAAGAACAAGCGGCAGCACCCGCAGCAGCAGAACCGCAACGUAAACACUAACACCAAUGUUAGCCCCAGCGCCAAUCCGAACCCCAACCGCCAGAACAACUACCGGCCGCGCGGUGGCGCAUUCAACGCGCGCGGCAAUUUCAGAGGCGGUCGCGGACGCGGCGGUUUCCCCACGCGCGGGUUCCCGGCUCGCGGCGGAUUCGGCGCACACGUAAAUAGCUACGCCAUGCCCGGAUUCAUGAAGUUGUACCUGUUGUAAGUCCGACGCGACCGCAGGGCGGUUUUAUGAACGACGGCCAGCGGCCGAACAAGCGGCCCCGGCUGUAAGCGGCCCUCAGAAUCCGUGUGUGUGUGCGUCCUACAGACUACAGUGACAUGUUACUUGCAGUAUCAUAUAAUAAAUCUAGCGAAUUGUAUUUACAAGUGCAUGGAAUAUAGGAGUAAGUUAUUGUCUCUUUGCAGGUAAUAAAUACUAUUACUAACAAUUAGUUGUUAGUAAUAGUAUCGUUUCCAAAGUCCGUUGUCAAUGUUGGAAUUCGUUGGUGCCAUUCAAUAAUUUUUCAUUUCUCGUGAUCUGAAAGAGGGUUUGUUCUAAAAGUUGUGCAGAAAAUGAUACGUGUCUGCACUAAAUAAUUUUACGUUCGAAGUACGAUUUUUCUUUUACUAUAAGCACUUAAAUUUUGAGUUUAAAUAUUUUGAUUCCAUAAAUAACUACUUUGCCUAAAUUGUUAAUUGAAAGUACCCUCAAGAAAUACUGUAAAAAAUUAUACUUUGUCAUGUUUUUCAAAAAACACAUACAUUUUACUUUCCUCGUAUUCAAAAUGAAAUGUAGAGUGUUUAACUUGGGUGAAAGGCAUUUCAGCUUCAAAAUACCUCGGCAGAAAUGAGUGCCUUUCAUCCCUUCGUUAACAAUCUAUUACGAAGAUAUAGAUAUCCAUUUAAUUCACAAUAAAAAUAGCGAAAGUAAAAAAUUCCUAAACCUAUUUUCCCCGACUUAUCUUGUUUUUUGUAUGAAAAUUAUAAUAAAACUUAUUAUAAAUGUCUGUUAAUGUGCACACAUGAAUCCAAUGACUCGUUUACAGCGGAAUUAUGAUUGAAUUUUUGUCAACAAUUAUUUUCGAUGAACUGCCACAUUGAUAACGGGAUUUGUUUAUUUCGUAUACCAAAUGUGUCAUUCUCAACCAAAAGGGUACUUAUUGUCGGUUGUCAACAAGGCGCUAUUUCCGUAUAGCUUAAAUUUGAAAUCGACCUUAUUGACAAGCGACAAUGUGGUACCUUUUGGUUGGGAACGUCACAAAUAGACUUUCUUUUGUCCUGUGAAUUUCAAUGACGUGUUACUGUAUACCAUGGAUUUAUUUGAUUGUAUUUACAUAAGUGUAUGAAAUUAAAUUAGAAAUAAGUUAUCGUUUUUUUGCAGGCAAUUUAUCAAUUAAUAAUCGGUAGCAGGGCGUAGGCAGGUACAGGCACGGGGGGGCAUCUGCCUCCCCUCCCUGGAAAUUUCACAUACAAUGUAUGGCCCUCUGCGGCCUCUGCUCCCCCCCUAGGCCUUUCCCUGCCCUAGUUCACUGGCUGGUUACGCCCAUGUUUAAACGUCACGAUUUAUCUUAUAUUUGUUGAUUAAAUUUGAUGUUUCGUUGACAAAAACUUGGCUCCCUCAUGGAUUUAUUUCAUUGUAAUACAUAAGUGUAUGAAAUGAAAUUAGAAAUAAGUUACUUAUUGUCUUUUUGCAGGUAAUAAAUUUAUCAAUUAAUAAUCA